GCAGCAGGACUUGUACCUUGAGAGGUAAAGAAUGAAGUCCACCGUAGUCACAUUUCUUCUAAACCAUUCACAUCAGAUGAGAGAGACAGAGAUAGUAUCCCCAGAAAAAUACGUAUGAAUCUAUAGAUUCAUAUAAAUACUUUUAGAGAGAGAAAACGAGUGAUGGAAGAUUGGACAGAGAAGGAGGUUUAGAGAGAGAAAGUGUUCGGAUUGAUCCUGCUAUUGUAUUCCUCGAAGACCGCCUUGAAGUUUUUUUUUUCAGGGAAGAAGAGAGAGAAGGAAAAACCUAGAAUUUUCUCUCUUUUGGUGUGUAAUUUUUUCGGAAAACUUGGAUGUAUUUGAAUCAGAGGAUCUAGGGACUGGGAAUUGUGAUUUUCGACAUUUGUGGUUUGAAUUGGAUUGGAAAUGGUGAUCCAAAGUGGAUAUGAUUGAGGAUUGUAGCUCCAAUAAGCUUAGGAAUCUAGGGUUUCGAGGUGAGGGAUAUGGAUGUGGAUUCAACGAUGUCAUCAGAAUCCGAUCACGCAGAGAAUAAAGGCGCGUCGUCGGAGCAGCUAAACGGCCAGUCAUCAGCCGGGGGAUCUCCGCCGGAGACUCCUAAGGAUGAGCAGCAGCCGGCAACUUCUCAGCCUCAGCAGCAGCAGGGCAGUACUCCGGUGGCGGGGCCGAGGUGUGCUCCGACAUAUUCUGUGGUGCACGCAGUUAUGGAGAAGAAGGAGGAUGGUCCAGGGCCAAGGUGUGGGCAUACGUUAACGGCUGUACCGGCUGUUGGAGAGGAAGGUAGCCCCAAUUACAUUGGUCCUAGGCUUAUUCUCUUUGGUGGGGCAACUGCUCUUGAAGGGAAUUCUGCUGGUUCAGGGACUCCUUCUUCUGCUGGAAGUGCUGGAAUUCGUUUAGCUGGGGCUACUGCUGAUGUGCACUGCUAUGAUGUUUUGACAAAUAAAUGGUCUAGGAUGACCCCAAUAGGAGAGCCACCCACACCACGGGCUGCUCAUGUUGCUACCGCGGUUGGAACUAUGGUUGUUAUUCAGGGCGGAAUUGGUCCAGCUGGAUUGUCAGCUGAGGAUCUUCAUGUUCUGGACCUUACGCAACAACGCCCACGAUGGCACAGGGUUGUCGUCCAAGGACCUGGUCCAGGGCCACGUUAUGGCCACGUCAUGGCUUUGGUAGGGCAAAGAUAUCUCAUGGCUAUUGGUGGAAAUGAUGGUAAGCGUCCUCUAGCUGAUGUUUGGGCUUUGGACACAGCUGCCAAGCCAUAUGAAUGGCGCAAAUUGGAGCCUGAGGGUGAAGGCCCACCUCCUUGCAUGUAUGCAACUGCAAGUGCGAGAUCGGAUGGUCUUCUUCUGCUUUGUGGAGGGAGGGAUGCCAAUAGUGUGCCACUAGCCAGCGCAUAUGGACUUGCCAAACAUAGAGAUGGGCGCUGGGAAUGGGCCAUUGCUCCUGGUGUGUCACCAUCCUCUAGAUAUCAACAUGCCGCUGUUUUUGUUAAUGCUCGGCUCCAUGUAUCUGGAGGGGCACUUGGUGGUGGCCGCAUGGUGGAGGACUCAUCCAGUAUAGCAGUUCUUGAUACAGCUGCAGGAGUGUGGUGUGACACAACCUCUGUUGUCACUAGUCCUAGAACUGGCAGAUUCAGUGCAGAUGCAGCUGGCGGUGAUGCUGCAGUUGAAUUGACCAGGCGUUGUAGACAUGCAGCUGUUGCUGUUGGUGACUUGAUAUUUAUUUAUGGUGGUCUGCGUGGCGGGGUAUUGCUAGAUGACUUACUUGUUGCUGAAGACUUGGCUGCUGCUGAAACAACUAGUGCAGCUUCACAUGCAGCAGCUGCAGCUGCUGCAGUUAAUGUACAAGCGGGGAGGUUAACAGGAAGGUAUGGUUUUGGUGAUGAAAGAACAAGACAAACAGACCCUGAAGCAGUUAAUGAUGGCUCAGUUGUACUGGGAACUCCUGUCGCACCCCCUGUAAAUGGUGAUAUGUAUUCCGAUAUAAGCUCUGAAAAUGCGACGUUUCAAGGACCUCGGAGACUCAUCAAAGGUGUUGAAUAUUUAGUGGAGGCUUCUGCUGCAGAAGCUGAGGCUAUUACUGCUACACUAGCAGCUGCAAAAGCUCGUCAACAAGGGAAUGGAGAAGUUGAACUUCCAGAUAGAGACCGUGGAGCGGAGGCAACGCCAAGUGGAAAACAGGCGUCUACUCUGAUCAAGCCUGACUCUGCCUUAUCAAAUAAUUCUGCCCCAGCUGGAGUCCGGCUGCAUCACCGUGCUGUGGUUAUAGCUGCAGAGACUGGUGGUGCUCUAGGUGGCAUGGUGCGGCAGCUUUCGAUUGAUCAGUUUGAAAAUGAAGGCAGGCGAGUUAGUUAUGGAACCCCAGAAAAUGCAACAGCAGCAAGGAAACUAUUGGAUCGUCAAAUGUCCAUCAACAGUGUUCCUAAAAAGGUGAUUACCUAUCUUCUGAAGCCUCGUGGCUGGAAGCCGCCUGUUCGACGACAGUUUUUCUUGGACUGCAAUGAGAUAGCUGAUCUUUGUGACAGUGCUGAAAGGAUAUUUGCGAGUGAACCUAGUGUUAUACAGCUUAAGGCUCCUAUUAAGAUAUUUGGUGACUUGCAUGGGCAAUUUGGGGAUCUUAUGCGUCUUUUCGAUGAGUAUGGUUCCCCAUCGACCGCUGGGGAUAUAUCGUAUAUUGACUAUCUCUUCUUAGGAGAUUAUGUUGAUAGGGGCCAGCACAGUUUGGAAACAAUGACCCUUCUUCUCGCUUUAAAGGUUGAGUAUCCCCUCAAUGUACAUCUAAUUCGUGGGAACCAUGAAGCUGCUGAUAUUAAUGCGCUUUUCGGCUUUCGAAUUGAGUGCAUUGAACGCAUGGGUGAGCGAGAUGGAAUUUGGGCAUGGCAUCGAUUUAAUAGGUUGUUCAACUGGCUUCCUCUGGCAGCACAAAUCGAGAAAAAGAUUAUCUGUAUGCAUGGUGGUAUUGGAAGGUCAAUUAAUCAUGUUGAACAAAUAGAAAAUAUCCAACGCCCUAUUACUAUGGAUGCUGGCUCAAUUGUUCUUAUGGAUUUGUUGUGGUCUGACCCUACAGAAAAUGAUAGUGUUGAAGGAUUAAGACCAAAUGCAAGAGGGCCUGGGUUGGUCACUUUUGGGCCCGAUCGUGUGAUGGAAUUCUGCAACAAUAAUGAUCUUCAAUUGAUUGUCCGAGCGCAUGAAUGUGUGAUGGAUGGAUUUGAACGAUUUGCUCAGGGACAUUUAAUUACGCUUUUCUCAGCCACUAAUUAUUGUGGUACUGCUAAUAAUGCUGGUGCUAUCUUGGUAUUGGGUAGAGAUCUUGUUGUGGUUCCAAAACUUAUUCACCCGCUGCCGCCGGCAAUUUCCUCUCCUGAAACUUCACCUGAGCGGCAUAUAGAAGAUACUUGGAUGCAGGAGCUAAAUGCCAACAGACCACCGACACCAACCAGAGGACGUCCUCAAGUAGCCAAUGAUCGAGGUUCUGUUGCUUGGACUUAAAUUAUAGUGCAAUUGUCUUGCUAUAUACUUCCAGGCUCAUGCUAACAUGUCGGAUUUCCAGUGAUAUGUACAUAGCCGGCCGGUCACCAAUCAGAGUUCAACGGAGAUACUUAUCCUCGUGAAAAGUUUAAGGCUCGAGCCACGUUGUAAUUCUUCCAUGGAAGGGUCUUAAGAAAAUCAGAUUUAGUUAUUGGAGGUUGCAGGCGCAUGGUCUAUUCUAUUCGUCAUCAUACAGAGCAGAUGGGGUUUUCGAUAGAGGUGUACAUUGAGCCGCAAGAGGUAGACGGAUUUUACCCUUUCGGAGUUUUGAUCAUUCUCAUGGGCGGGUAGUGCUGGGUUUUCAUUGAAUUGUUAGUCCCUACAUAUUCUUUUCCUCGUUUAGGUGUAUCAUCAUUUUUGUCUGCGGAUUGGUGAGAUAGAUAAUCCUGAGCUGUUGUAUUUCAUGUAUCAUAGAUGCCGUUGCUUUGUGUAAUUGUGUUGCUGCCUUGUGAACAAGAAAAUGACAUACAAAAAUUGGAGCGUGUUGUUUACUAUGUAAGUUGCAGAUAAGCUAUUUUUAAGAUCAGUUAACGGUUCUUGUUGAUUA